AUGUUUUCCAGCUUGAUUUUAUCCAAUAUCAAUUUGAACACAUGCAUAUUCCUAUUUCAUCUAUGCUUGAAUCCAGGAGAGGACGCCAAUCACGAAAGUGACAGUGAUGAUGACGUUGAAGAUGGCGCUGGAGCUAAAGAAGCUGGAGGUGGUAAGGGUAAACAAAGUCGUAGUGAAAAGAAAGCGCGUAAGGCAAUUUCCAAGUUAGGCUUGAAGGUUGUCACCGGUAUUAGUCGUGUAACAAUCAAAAGGUCGAAAAAUAUACUCUUCGUGAUAUCCAACCCUGAUGUCUACAAAAGUCCAGCUUCAGAUACUUACAUUGUUUUCGGCGAAGCAAAGGUCGAGGAUCUCAGCCAGCAAGCGCAAGUGCAAGCCGCUGAGAAGUUUAAAGCACCAGAAGAAGCAAAAACAGCUGCAGCUGGACAAGCUGCUAAUGUUUCUACUAUCCAAGAAGAAGAAGAAGAAGAAGAAGAGGAGGUCGAUGAAACUGAUAUCGAAGCUAAGGAUAUUGAAUUAGUGAUGAAUCAAGCCAAUGUAUCAAGAGCUAAGGCUGUUAAAGCUCUUAAAAACAACAAAAAUGAUAUUGUUAACGCAAUUAUGGAAUUAACUAUGUAACUAACUUGGCCGUAGCCCUAUUUCACCCGCUGGUCUGUAUUAAAGUAUGACUCUGGAGGAGGAAGGGCGUGCAGCCAUUUAUAUAAACCGACAUUUAGUUGUUUGCAAGUUUUUGAUUACAUCUUUCCGUCUUGACUAUCCCAUCGUGUUUAUAAGAAUUAGUCAAUUUUUUUUUCUUAAUCGAUACUGUUAACA